AUGGGGUUUGCCGUCUGCGAUGAGGCCUGCAAGCCACUUUACCAAUUCGCGCCUCCUCAAAAUCAAUACUAUUUCUCUCUUCCUCGUCUUGAACGUUUGGUAGUUGGUUCGGCUAAUGGUUUGCUUUUAGCCUGGGAUGGAUAUGAUGAUAUUCUCUUCGUAUGCAAUCCAUUUACAAGUGAAUAUAUCGAGCUUCCUCGUCUUCCUUUAGGUAUAUGCAUAACUGGAUUUGGAGUGAGCAAAAUAAGUGGACAAUACAAGAUUUUAUGCGGUAAUCAAAAUCAUAGGUCGUAUCAUGUAUACACUCUAGGAAGAGGAGGAGGGUGUUGGAGAAGCAUUGCAGUAGCGCCAACAUGCGGCUCUAUAGUGUCUCGGAAUAAUGUUGGAGUAUUUUUUAAUGGAAAUCUUCACUGGUUGGCAUUAGGGUUGGCAUCUAAUUGGCAUAUUCGCUGGUCAGAUUUGGAGAAGAGUAUUGUUGUUUGUUGCUUUGAUCUUGAAACCGAGCUCUUUACAAGUUUUUCUCUUCCUCCUCGUGACAAUAGUAAUGAACAUAAUAGAAAUUGGAUGUGUGUGAGAGGCGACUAUCAGCUAUGUGUUUUGGAGGAUCGGCUAUGUCUAUGCAAUAGUAUAAAAUAUCCCUUUAUCGUCAUCUGGUCGAUGAACAUCUACGGGGAUACGAAUUCUUGGGUAAAGGCAUAUACGAUCGAACGACCACAAAUAGGAGAAGUUGUUUUCCCGCUCAAAGCUUUUGCAAAUGGUGACUUGUUUUUUGCCGUGAAUACAGAUAAUCAAGUAUUUACCUACAACAAAAACACUAAUGAAUGCCUUGUGAGCAAUGGUCUUCUUGACCGAUGUGACUCUAAAUUUUACAACAUCGUCACUUAUAUCCCAAGCUUUCUCUCGCUUGCAGCUAUGGGGAUUCCCAAUGUUAAGUCAUUAAGUUUUUAUUAG